AUGUCCGGUAGAGGCCUUCUAGCAGUCCUCCGGCUCUCGGCAGGUAUAGUGCUCGAGCUUGACAGGCGCAUUGAAAGCAUCUCCAACGGGCCUCCCGGUAUUGUGAGUGAGAUCGAUCGAAGGACGCUCCUCGUGGAGAGAGAUGCCCAGGUAGCUGCGGCCGCAACUGCCGAGGAGCACAUGUUGGCAGCUGCGCUGGUAUGCCGUGAGCUGCAGGUGCGAGUAGCGGUGAGUGGCGUAGUAUGCGCUGUCUCCAUCGACCUUCACUAG